AUGGCACUGACGGAGUCCUUCAACACACUGCCCAGGCCAAGGCUAGAACGUUGGCCAACACCACAGAUUACCAUCACACCCGAAGCCACGACUAUCGAAGAAGGUUGCCAUAGAUUUUGGGUGGCUAUCGAACUCUCUGAGCGGCCAGAUCUGUUCACGGAUCUUGCUGGCUUCACGCAAUGUGACCAAGAGACUGGGGGUAUUGGCGAUGAUGGUGGUCUCAACGAUUUGGACGUCCAAAUUCUGCCAACGGAAGAAUCUUCGGUUGUCCGUAUUCUCCAGGAACAGCCCUUUCCCAUUCACCGCUUGGACCCCGGAUCUAGCAUCUUUCUUCUAGCUCAAGUGCAGGUCCGUGUCUCAAAGGGUAUGCGGCGAUGUAAACAGAAGUGUCCACGGUUAGAAUCGGACAACCUGAUAGAAGCGCUUAAGGAAGAGUUGGGUGAUUCUACCGUGAGCUACAUGACUGUCCGGCUGUCAUAUCGAAAUUCGGCGUUUCCCAUGUGUCAAGAUACGGGAUUUGCGGAGGACGACAUGUUCAGCAUGCACAGCAAGAUUGAGACGGUAGCCACAGCCUCCGUGAAACUCCACAAUGCCAGGUCGCUUUGGUCUCCUCCUCCGGUUUCAAGAUCCAACCCACUGUUGCCACUGGUAGAGAGACACUGGGGGACCAUGAGCGCCAGGAAGGUAAUGGCACAAAUUGCUGCAGCAAAAUACGACCCCAAGUAUUCAGAGCAAACAUACUGUUGGCAGCAGAAGCAUUCAGAAAAGACAGGCUAUAGAACACAUGGAAAGCCCACUUGGAAUCAUAGCCCUACGCCUCGGAUUCCUCCCAGAAAGGCAAGCCUUCAACGAGACUGCACUGAAGUCGAUCUCGAUGAUAGAGGAAAGCACUCUCAACCUCGUCAGAGAUUGAGACAAGGGUCAUCCAGAUGUGGCAGCUAUGCAUCAAGCUACUUGUCUAGGCAGAGUCGUGAAGGUCUGCCAGGGCCGGGAACCUUUAGGGGCGCGGGGGUGAGCAAUUCGGCCCAUACACGACCGAAAGAAGAGCACAGCCGAGAUGGAACUGAUACUCCUGCUACUCAAGGCCGAAGAGCCCUUUCUGGCAAAUCUGACAGCAGCACGUUGUGGAAGAGGGGGUCACUCGGCGCCGACACCCUCAGGGGCUUAUUACCUUUGAUGGCGGGUUUGUCAAUAACGACAAGGGAGCGGGAAGUGGAGGAGCCCCGAGGAGCAUCGCCAGCGCGCAGCAGAGGCAAAAAGGAUGCAAGCAAAUGGGGAUGGGCGUCCUGGUUUUAG